AAAUCCUUUCCUCCAGAUUCUAAUUUAAUAGGUCGAAUUUCGCCGUCAGUUAAUUCUAUGCACUGUGUACAUUAGAAGGAAAAUAUAUCAAAUUGGAAAAUAUUUAUGAAGACCAAUCAUUUAGGACUUUUGGAAGGCCGAAAUUCAAUUUUCAUUUUACCCCAAAUGUUGAGGUCCGCGGCCAAUAGUCAUGGCGGAUAUCCAAAACUUUCCAAAACUCCAGGACAAGCGUUUGUCACUGAUUGGUAAACAGACCCACCGGCUGAGAAAGACCACCUCCAUCAGCAACGAUAAACUGAAGGACAGGUGCAGCACGUACGGUAAGGCGAUCGACAGGGACAAACGGAGCUAUGAUUACAAGAUGUGGCAGAAGACCAUGCCCCACAAACAGUACUACAUCCACACCAAGGGCACCCAGAGAUGUCUGAAGCGGAUCCGGGACCAGGUUCCGGACCUGGACGACGAGAGUGGGAUGUACGGCGUCUACGGCGGGACCUCCCUUAGGGACCUACAACCACAGAUCGACACCAUCAUCAAGAACCAACACCCAAGGGUCCGCCGCCUGAGGAAAACAGAGAAACUGCUGUCUGACGGGAAAACGGACGGGCGGAUCAUGAACAUCAAAGAGUCGAGGGGCAUGCUGGAGGCCAUCAUUAACCGGCCCUCAUUCCCGCCUCGGAGAGAGAGAGGAAUGACCCUGUACUUCAAAACUAGGAGGCCAUCAACGGUGGAUACCAACGACAUCACCAGCGCAGGCGCACUGCGACUUCCUCCUAUGGCGGUGUCCAGAGAGAACACGAAAUCAGGGAUGAUGUUCCGGCCAAAGUCCAAGUCCGUGGCCUUCAAAGGUCUCCCCAAGAGGUCCACAACCUUCGCCCUGGAUUUAUAGCGCGCCAUCGUGCUUCUUUGUUGCAAGUGCAAUAGCUUUGUUGCUGUGGUCAAAAUGCGUCCAGCAUGUGCAGUUGCUUCUUUAUUUCAAAGACAUGUUUAAUCAGUGCCAUUUUUUGUUAUUUUAAAGUAGUUUUGUGAGUACAUUAUUGAAGAGAUGAACAUUUCUAGAAAGAUGGAUGGACGUGAAUGUGUUCAUAAAUUACUAUUUGUUUGUAAUUUAAUUAAUACUGUUUGAUUUAAUUGUACAUAUUCGCCAUGUAAACAUUUUCACUUUCUUUGAUAAAAUAAUGCAUUAAUUGAC